AGGAAAAAAUGCUGUUUUUAUGAGUGCCCAUAAAUCACCCAAGAGCUUGUAUAAAUAUAUCGUUUAUCACAAAUGUUCGUACAAUGCAUCUUACUUGAAUUUCUAAUUUUCAUUCCAGACUACCUGCAAAUGAAAAGCAGAGAGAGAAAUGGAUGUUUUUCUUGGAACUUACCGAGCAAGAAUCUCAAUCCCACAAAGACGGUUAGAAUAUGCUCCAAGCAGUUUUUGCAACAAGAUUUCACUACUGAUGCUAGUGGAAGAACUUGGCUAAAACCUGGUGCUGUUUCAAAGUUCAUUUGGCCAGUUGUUUCCUUUCAAUGUACAUCAUCGUCAAGUAUUGAUAUUUCCCCAAAAGAAGUUUCUGUGAUGCGAAAAGGUAUUGCAAGCUCCCUAGAUGUGACCGGCAGCAUUUCAACACAAUUAAAACAGUCAGUUGUCUGAUUAUAAUUUUAAUGUGGAAGAUUGGCCAUCAAGUUCUUCUAAAACUUGGAGUGCCUCACCUGCAACUGUGACUGCCUCAGAAAAUGGUUAUGAAUCAGAUGUGUUUACUGAAUCUGUUCAAGCAAAGAAGAAAAGAAAGCGGAAGAGGUAUGUGGAACACUUAACCAGUGGCGACUUUUCUACACCUGAGAAGAGAAAAUGGAAUUUUCGUCUCAUGAAAGACACUAUUUUGAGACAGAGGAAGAUACUACAAAACAAACAACGUUUGAUCCGAUAUUGCAGAAAUAGAAUCCAAACACAGAAGGAAUUCCUUGAUAUGCUAAAUCAAAAGUUCAUUAUGAAUGCUUCACGUGAAAGUGAAAUCAAGAUGAAAUGUCUAUUCGACAA